CAAUGGCUCCGCGCUUCAUUCUCUGCUGAAAAGCGAACCCCGUGGAAAGCGCUCCGCCAAUCCGUCUCCAUCCGCACUUUGAACAUGGAGAUCGAGCUCGCCGGCUCGCACGGGGGGCAAACACAGUGUCUGUUUCCAAGACGGUCCGAGGCUCCCUAUGCAGCACCACAUGAAAUGAAUAAAGCACCACAGCCUCUAACAGGACCCCCAACCACCCCUCACCCUGCCCCUUCUCCUGGACUCUCACAGCCCACGUUUCCACCUGGUCAGCCAGCCCCCGUAGUCUUUGCCACCCCACAGCCGCCACAAAUGAACACACCGCCACAGCCUCGGCAGUUUGCAGCAGUUCCUCGUGCUUUACACCAGCAGGGAGGAUUCAGAUCUCUGCAGCAGUACUAUGCGAACAGGCCACAGCCGCCGAGCAGCACUAGCAGAGUGCAGGCCAGCACAGCACCCCGGCCCGUGGCCCCCACACACGUCUACCAGCCCAGCUCCCAGAUGAUGAUGAUCCCGCAGCAGCUCCCCUUCCCCACCUCGCAGGGCCCCUAUUACAUCCAAGGAGGACAGUACCGCAGUACAUACGUAGCGCCGACCCAACAGUAUCCCGUUCCCACCGGGACCCCCAGCUUUUACCCAGGAACCAGCCCUGCAGAAUACGGUACUUACGCUGGCGCCUAUUAUCCAGCGCAGGGUGUGCAGCAGUACCCCCCCGCCGUCCCCACUCCUACUGUCAUGAUGAACCCUGCGCAGCAAAUACCUCAGAAAAGAGAGCGCAAGCAGGUACUGCAAACAAAGGUCUGGCUGCACUGUUUCUUCUGGGUUUGUACUAACCAACACAUGGCAGAGGAUUCCUAG